AUGUUUGAACACUCGCUCAUCCUCGUUACGGGAGCCAACGGCUACAUCGCCUCUGCAUUGGUCAAGAAGCUCGUCGACCAUGGUGCUCGAGUCAGAGCAACGGUUCGUCGGGAGGCAUCAGGUGAGCAACUACGAGAGACGCUCUCGCCGGAUGCAAAAGGGUCUCUCGAGAUUGCCAUUGUGCAAGAUAUCACGGCCUCUGGCGCCUUCAAGAGCGCCUUGCAGGGCGUGACCCAUGUUUUCCACGCGGCCUCUCCCAUCCCUGGCGCGGGCAAGAUCGAUGCCAAACGCGAUUUCAUCGAUCCCGCCGUUGCCGGCACCAUGAGUCUCCUGGAAGACGCUCACGCUACCUCUUCAGUGGUCAAAGUCGUCCUCACCUCGUCAAUCGCAGCCAUGCUUGACGCAGCAACCAUCCGUCAGGCCGGUACUUACACAUCGUCGGACUGGAAUUCGAUCACCUACGACACAGCCAUUGCGCUCAACGACAAGCUGGCAUCCGACAAUCCUGCAGAGGUGGCACAGUAUUCCAUGUACAUCUAUGCGGCGUCCAAGACGCUGGCCGAGAAGGCUGCGCGCGACUUUGUCAGCGAGAAGAAAGCACGUUUCGCGUUCAACACAGUUCACCCUGCGUUCGUGAUUGGCAAGCCUGCGAUACGUGAUGCUGGCCUCAACGGAAGCAACGCCAUCUUUUGGAAGGCGUUGACGGCCAGACCGAUCGAUGCUGGUGACGCGAUGCACCUCGUCAGCUUGCAGGACACGGUCAACGGUCACGUCAAGGCGAUGGAAAGCGAAGAGGCCAACGGCAAAAGGCUGAUUCUGUGUUCGGGUGAACCGCUCACUGCGGAACUCAUCAACUGGGCGAAGGACCGCGGUGGAUCCAGCCUCGCAUUCGAGCGAGUUGACCUUCCACACAACGUGGAAGAGCUCAAGCGUAAUGUCAGGAACUUCGAUGUGAGCGAAACGGAAAGAGUGCUCGACAUCAAAUUUGAGUCGGUUCGAGAGACGGUCGAUAAUUGGGUAGAUUGGAUCACGGAGGAGCGGAUUACCAAGUCGUGA